AUGGUCUUCACUUGCCACCAGUGCCACUUUAAGAUGCUUUACUGUCACUUUCAGGAGGUUGUUGAAUCCAUCACCCAGAUGGGGCAGUUUAACUGUUCUUCCUCCCACUUCCUACACCAUAAGUCAGCCUGGUGUAUGGAUGCAGAUGACCAGAACUGUAGGAACUGGAACAUCAGUGCUGAAGACCUUCCAGACCAGUGUCUAAGCCGCAACGAUUACCUGGAAAAGUACAUGGGAGCACGCCGCUCUCCGUUCUUCUUGCCAGUGUGUGUCAUCUACUUGGUCAUCUUUAUGGUGGGUGCCUUGGGCAACGUGCUCACCUGCACGGCCAUCGCCCGCUACAGGAUCAUGCAGACGCUGACUAAUUACUACCUCUUCAGCCUGGCGGUGUCUGAUCUGACGGUGCUGCUGCUGGGUAUGCCCCUGGAGCUCUACGAGAUGUGGAAUAACUACCCUUUCCUCCUGGGCCUGGGAGGCUGCUACUUCAGGACCUUCCUCUUUGAGACAGUGUGCUUCGCGUCUGUGCUCAACGUGACUGCCCUCAGUGCUGAGCGAUAUCUGGCAGUGGUGCAUCCUCUGAGCGUCAAGCACAUCGCCACAAAGACCCAUGCGAAGCGGGUCAUCCUAGCGCUCUGGGGGCUUUCUGUUAUCUGUGCGCUGCCCAACACAAGUCUGCACGGCAUAAAAUACCUCCCCCCCAGGUUUGGUCAGCAGUUCCCUGAGUCAGCUAUCUGUGGGGUGGUCAAGCCUGCCUGGAUCUAUAACCUGCUGGUCCAGGUGACUGCGCUUGUGUUUUUCAUGCUGCCCAUGAUAUCUAUGGGUGUGCUGUACCUGCUGAUUGGACUGCAGCUGUACAGGGAGAAGGCGCUUAUACAGCAGGUCACUGAGGUCAGCCUUGAGACAAACCUGGGCAAGGACAGUCACCAGAUAACUCAGCAAAACAGACGUCAUCAACAAGUUACCAAAAUGCUCUGUGUGUUGGUGGUGGUGUUUGCCAUAUGCUGGGCCCCUUUCCACAUUGACCGUGUAGUGUGGAGUUACAUAGAAUCUGACAGCUGGACCAAGGAGAGAUACAUGAUUUUCGAAUGGGUCCAUGUCCUUUCUGGAGUUUUCUUCUACCUGAGCUCAGCCGUGAACCCCAUCCUCUACAACCUCAUGUCCACACGCUUCAGAGAGAUGUUCAAGGAAGUGAUGUGUCAGUCCCUCCAGCGCCGAUACUCUGUCACCUCACGGAGCACAACCUAUUAGAAAGGUGUCUGUUUUGGCCUACCGUCACAACAGAGAUUAUUCACCUCGUCAUCACCAAUCUUCUAAUGGACAGGAUUUCAUGAUCUCAAUCAUUUUCUGCUCAUAAAAUCUUGGUCUAAUCUUGGUCUCUCCAUCACAAUAUGGACACAUAGUAACUUAGAAUGAAAACCUGACACAAAAUGCUUACUUUACACAA